AUCUUUCUCAAAUUCCUAAUUCUGUUCUUAAUCCCUAAAUCCCCAAUUCCCGAUAGAACCCUAAUUCCAGGUUCUAUCAUUUGGUAUCAAAGCCUCGGGUUAUGGGAGGGUCUCGACAUGGAAGUUCAGGAAGAAGAACCGAGGACCCGAAGAUGGCUGGGGUUCUGAGAAGAAGAAAAAGUUGAAGUCGGAGGUCGGAGCGGAAAUCCAUGGAUGGCGCCAAGGAGGACAGGGGAAGGGUCGUCGAGUCAUCUCGUCGUCGUCACGAGGAGAGAGCGCGUCGCCGUGCCGCCAGCUGGGCGGUUGGUCGUCGAGUCGCGAAGAAGAGAGAGAGGCGGCGGAGAAGAGGAUCUUCCCGGCACCGUCAAACGCAGCAGAGGUGAGGUCAUAGAAGAGGUCGGGAGUGGACAAACUUCCCCGCCGAUGGAGGAGGGCAUUAUCGGUGAGGAAAGAAGUGGAGAAGAAGAAGAAGGGUUGUGGGCCAUCGAAGAAGAUAGCGCCGGAGAUAAGGCUAGAGGCAGGCCAGCGCCGCUUGUGGAGUACUCCGCAGCCGAUAAGGGAGCCGAAGGAGAAGCCACUGGAGAAGAAGGACGGAGCGAGCGGCGGGGAGUCUCCUCCCGCGGCCACGGAGAUGAAGGCAUUACGGAAGGAGGAGACUCGACGGGACGAGGCGGCGACGGGCCUGGCUGCGUCGCCAGAGCUGGAGAAGGAAUUGUCGGCGAUGGCGGGCGGCCCGGCGGGGAGAAAGAAGACGUAGGAGAGUGCUGGCGGCGGGACUCUCCAAUCAAACCCUAGGACGACGACCUGGGGUCGAGUGGCGAACCGGUCAGAUCAGCUGGGCCAAAUACCUGAGGCCGAGUGGUCCGAUGAACCGACCCUUGAAUCAAAAAAUGAAGUAAAGUGCAGGUCGAGGCAGGUUCCAUUGCUGGCGGGGUCGGGCCGAGCGCAAGGAGAAAAUGGUGGGCUGCGCAGAUAUGGAGCACGGGCUGGCACAUGUUGGGCUCAUAUGGGACUGGUCAAUCCAGUGGAAUAGGCUGAAGAUUGAGCGAACUGGGCCACGUUUGCAAGGAGUAAUUGAGCCCAAACUAGGUUGUGUUUUGAUGCAGGCGGACUUGGAAGAAAAGAAAAAGGGCCUUGAAGG